AUGCUGUCGCUGCUAAGCUUCCAGGAGCACUUUGAUGCCCACUGGGGCCAGCGGUACUUUGAGCAGCACCAGCACGUCCCGGUGCUCGCCAUCUGCCUCUACCUCGCCGGAGUCUACUUUGGCCCUCGGUGGAUGGCCUCGCGCCGCCCGGUCCGGCUCGUCGCCAUCUCGAGGGUGUGGAACGCGUCACUCGCGCUCUUCUCGAUCUGCGGCGUCGCCGCGUGCGUGCCCACGCUCGUGGGCCACCUCUGGCACCGCGGCUUCCACCACAGCGUGUGCGCAGACUGCUACGAGCUCGCAGGGACCGGGGCGCCUGCUCUGUGGGCGGUGCUAUUUUGCUUCUCCAAGCUCGCCGAGCUCCUGGACACCGCGCUGUUGGUUCUCAAGAAGCGGCCGCUGCUGCUGCUCCACUGGUUCCACCACGCCAGCGUCAUCGCGUUCGCCUGGGCCUCGUGGGUGUACGCGACGCCGCUCGCGCUCUGGUACGGGUCGAUGAACUUCUCGGUGCACGCGGUCAUGUACUCGUACUUCUUCGCAACCUCCUUCGACCGCCGCGUGCUGCGCGCCGCCCCCGCCAUCACCACGCUGCAGCUGUCGCAGUUUGCGAUGGGCACCGUCGUCAAUUUUUAUGCGUAUUGGGCGUACGCGCGUGGGUCGGGCUGCGCCGUCGAUGUCGACAUCCUCUACCUCGGUGCCGUCAUGUACCUCGCGUACGGUUUCCUCUUCGCGCGCAUGUUCGUCGAGCGGUACGUCCGCGCCCCGCGGCGGAGACGGCGCGUGAGCGACGCUGGCGAGCGCGAGGCGCUAACGGGGACCAAGCUUGUGUGA